CCCCCCUUAUUGAUCUCCCUUUCCUCUCCUUCUUCCAUUUUCUCACACAAACGUGCUCCUCUCGGACUCGUUAUCGGCCUCCAGGUUUGCGAAGGAAAUGGUGGCCGAUAACAGGUCUAAAUUCAAAUCUCCUCAAAUCUCCUUUGCUGGAACUUUCGCUUGCAGCGUUUUCUCCACUUGUUUCGCUGAGAUUUGUACCAUUCCUUUGGACACGGCUAAAGUUAGGCUUCAGCUCCAAAAGAAAGCUGUUGCAGGGGAUGGAGUGGCCUUACCAAAAUACAAGGGUAUGCUGGGUACAGUUGGUACCAUUGCGAGGGAAGAAGGUCUAUCAGCACUGUGUAAGGGAAUUGUACCUGGAUUACAUCGGCAAUGUCUGUUUGGAGGUUUAAGAAUUGGAUUGUAUGAACCUGUUAAAAACUUGUAUGUGGGAAAUGACUUUGUUGGGGAUGUUCCUCUAUCCAAGAAAAUACUUGCUGGACUUACUACUGGUGCUCUAGCAAUAACUGUAGCAAAUCCGACUGAUCUUGUGAAAGUUAGACUUCAAGCUGAAGGAAAAUUACCACCUGGUGUGCCGAGGCGCUGUACUGGGGCUCUGAAUGCUUAUUCUACAAUAGUGCGACAGGAAGGACUUGGAGCUCUUUGGACUGGCCUUGGGCCCAAUGUAGCACGAAACCCAAUCAUAAAUGCUGCUGAACUAGCCAGCUACGAUCAAGCGAAGCAAACCAUUCUUAAAAUUCCAGGGUUCACAGAUAACAUUCUCACUCAUCUCCUUUCUGGUCUGGGGGCAGGGUUUUUUGCCGUCUGUAUUGGCUCCCCAGUUGAUGUGGUUAAGUCCAGAGUGAUGGGCGAUUCUGCUUACAAAAGCACUCUUGAUUGUUUUCUCAGAACUUUGAAGAACGAUGGACCUUUGGCCUUUUACAAGGGCUUCAUCCCAAAUUUUGGACGUCUGGGAUCGUGGAAUGUCAUCAUGUUUCUCACAUUAGAGCAGGCGAAGAAGUUUGUCAAAAGUAUAGAAUCAUCCUGAAAACAACCAAAUACCCUCAAAGAUAUAGUGCUGGAUCUCGUAAGUGAAUUGGAUCAGCAGCCAGUUGAAGUUGUCUAGAAAAUAAUGAAGUUCUCACUGUUCACUUUCUUCUUAUUUUUCUCCAUUUGAGAUGGAGGAUUCUACACAAGGAACAGUCCCGGGGAUAUGAUUUUUUCGUGGAUAACAUGUUACUUCCUUGUCAUUCCCA